AUGAAAGCAAUUAAUAAAAGCAUUUUUAGGGCUCUCUUCACAAAUCAAAUUCCUAUACGCAAUUACAUGCAUAGAUACAGCACUCUAGUUCAAACUUAAUAAAGAGCAAAGCUCUUCAAUUUCUCCUUGAAAGUACUAGGAAAUAAAAAAGAUAUUUUAACGAAUGAAGAAAUUAUUGAAAUCAUAACUCAAGGAACAUAGAAUUUACCUAAAGUGGAUUAAAAUGGCGAUUUAAUUGACUACGAGGACCUUGUUAAUGAGAAAUUGAUUAGUUAUAAGAAGAAUUUUGGGGUAAUGAGCAAAUAAAUGAAAGUUUAAGAGGUAUGGAGAGCAGUCAAAGAUGUUGUAGCUGAUCAUAAAUAAGGAGUAAUAUAAAUUAAAAGCAUCUCCGAAGAGCCAUAAGCACAUGGAAUUAAUAAUUCAACAAUAGCAAAUGUUACAAACAGAUACAGAGAAUUGUUGGCUAAAUUCCCUGAUUAACAUGACAAGAUAAAUGAGUAGCUUUAAAGCUUUUUGUGUGUCCUAAACCCAAAUGAAUAAUUGAUCUUAGACAAUACAGAUGUUUAGUUAAGAAGAAUUUCUAAGAGAAGACAAUUUAAUUUCACGUAAUAGGUGGAAAAAUAGAAAAACAUGACUUUUGAGGACUAAGUUGCCAUUUAAAAGAAGCUAGUUACUGCCAAGGGAGAAGAUAGUGACUACGAGUCUGAUGUCGAGGAGUCGGGAGCAGCAGACCAACUAAAUUCCCCAAUUAUCUCGGGAAAGCAAGAGAAAAAGCAGCUAAACUUUCUUGAGGACACCUAGCAAAGAAAAAGAAUAUUCCAGUAUUUGAGAAUAUAAGACAAGAAUGUCCUAAUCCCAGAUAAGACUAAGAAGGAUACUCUGACUGUGUUUAUGGAGAUAGAUGACGUGCUGUUGCAUACAUUUAUCUAUGAUGAAAACUUUGGUUUCAUGGCUGAUCCUGCUGCCAAAGAACCAGAGCAUAAAUUACUGUUUGGAGAACCUUCAGGAAGGCAGAUACCAAUUCAUGUGUAUUAUAGAGAUCAUAUGCAGGAAUUUUUAGAUUUCUUGAAGUAAAAUAAGAACAUCAUUGAGCCCAUCUUAUACACUUCUGGAGUUCCUGAAUAUACCAAUAUGCUACUAUCAUUUUUAGAUCCCAAGAAUGAAAUCUUUCAAAUCAGAUUAUUCCAGCCAGCCUGUUAUAUCUUUGAGAAAAAAGAUGAAGACAUCUUCUAAAUGGUAAAGGAUAUUAGCAGGUUUAAGAAUCGUGAUAUGGCAAGGUCAAUCAUGCUGGACCCUCAACCUCUUAACUUCCUGCUUUGCCCUGAGAAUGGCUUUCCUAUUGUUAAAUAUAACGCUGAGUUGGACAAUGUAGAUGGAUAAAAAGACAGCUACCUUCUAGCCAUCAUUGAACAACUCAAAGAUCUAGCUAAAAUGGAAGAUGUUAGACCCUUCCUUAGGGACUCGUAUAAGGUUAGACAAGUUCUCAAGAAUUCUAAACUUAUAUGA